UGCUCGACGUGUGGCACCUGAUGUGACGCUUUGCAGCGGGUGUCACCACGGAGAGCCUCCCACUGUACAGCCUCUUCAUGGCACGUCUCUCGUUCUGCAUCUUUGAGUGGGACCAGGGAGACGUCGCCAGGCUGCGACAGGCCAAGGCAGGCGAGGCGGGGAACGAUCCCCGAGGCUCCGGCUACAGAAAGAUCCCACUAAAGGAGCUGGCCCGCCACUGCCGCCGCUGCACACGUGGGGCGGAGACCGGCCGGCUCAUUGACGAGAUGCUGGAGGCCUUCGGGGACGCCACUGACACCAUGGGUAUCCCGCUUUUGGACCGCGCUAAGAUCCAGGACAUCUGGAAAACUCAGAGGCGCCACCUCCACUGCAUCCAGGACCCACCCGGCGUGCACCUGUACAUGCAGACCGGGCAGCUGGUCAAAGGGGGGAUCACGCUGCCGGUGUUCAGGUGUGCGCGAGGUUCAACUUCGUUGGAGUCGUUCCACCUGCAUCUGGACUGCUUCAUACCUGGCACUUCAGCCAGCGCGGCCCACUUUCAGGCCUAUCUGCUGGAAGGCCUGGCGCGGUGGAACGAGGACCGUGCGGCACAAGCAGUGGAGGAAGUAGACCGUGAUAUGGUCUGCUACAGUGGCCAACUCCAGCACUCCGUCAACGAGCUGAGCGACAUUGUAUAUCACAUGAAGCUGGUUGACGAUUACACCCGGCCUGCGAAGUACACUGGUGAGCUCAUAGGUAUCCAGUACCUAUUUUCGCAGACCGGUCGAGUGCUGGAGGAAGUGAUGGGCAGGGAUCCCGAUGCUCCGGAUGGGACUGAUACAGACGACGAUGAUGACAGUGUCGACGAGGGCUUCCAAGAGGACGAGGGGCCGGUACAGGAACCUCUGGACAACACCCUCUUCGGCCUUGAGGAGGACUUCGCCCAACAACCGUUGUCGUCUGACAAGUCCCAGUCGCGCCCUGCCAUCGGCGCCUCAAAGUCUGGGCCAGCCGACCAGGACACCUCCCCUGGAGACGAGGCCACUCAAAGCGUGUCCCACGAGCUGAAUAGCCUUGGACCUGACACUGGCCCAGGUUACCAGCACGUGGUCAACCUGGCCUCCAGUCUCGUGAAGCUGCGUCACCAUGCCUACAUGACGCAGCAGCAAGUGGCGGAGAUCGUCACCCUCUGGGAACGAUUGCCGGAGGGCGACAAGGCCCCAGUUCGCUUUCCGCCACGGCACCAGGAAAGACUGGUACAGGGGAGGUUCCGACGCAAGCACUCGCAGACCAGUGUCACACCGGGAGUGGAGAGCUUGCAACGGUGUAUGGUCGGCCAAGGCGCACGGAUGCCAAACAUCAGCCGCCUUGUGGAGGCCGUUUGUGUACAGCUGUCCAGGAUUCACCCCGAAGGAACCACCAUCAGCGGCGUGAGGGUGAACCGAUGGGCAGCUGUGAUGCGGGAUUACAUCUGCAUCCAGGAAAAUAUCCUCACAAACCCGGUACUCAUGGCCCAGACACGUAUCCAGUUAUUCCCCCUCAAUCAGCGCACCCUGGCACAAUGGCACUACGCUCGCACCAGGGAGCUGGUACGGCGGGCUCUGGAGAUGGCCAUGCCACUGCGAACCAGCUCGGCCCUUGCUUCAGAGCCCACCCCUACCGUUCGACCACGACCCACGGGCCCCGAGCUGUCCGCUGCACAACCACUGGAAUUCCAUAACCCGCCUGACCUAUCUGGUCAGGCGACGCAGCGACGUCGGGGCCCCAUGGAUGUGGCACCAGCCAUCAUUGGGCACCCCCCCCGAGCCACAUGAAGCACCCGUCACCCAGCCACUCUCCCCUGCCGGCUGACACUGCCACUCCUCCGCUUCCACCGCCGCCGGCAGGACCCUCAGUACCCCGCACCACUGCCUGGCGGCGGAAGAAAAAGGAGGAGGCGGACGAGCUGGCACGACAGCAAGGAAUCCCCCCCAAGCAAAGGAAAAAGAUUGAAAGUUACAUUUGCAAGUGCUGUGGCCGUCCUAAAACAAAAGAGUUCGGCCACAGCCAAUUUGGGGGGGAAUUCUUUUGCUCCACCUCAGCCAGCAAAACUAUACAGGAGUGGCUGGAGGAAAAGAGGAGGGAGAAAAAAAAUCGUGCUGGAGGGGG